AUGUCCAGUGCUGAGAUGCUCUUCAUGUACCGAAAAAACAGUCUUUUCAGGAGCACCACUGAAGUUGGUGCGGCGCCCCAAAAACUCCUCGCAACGGGUCAGAUUCGUGGGCUGUUCUGCUAUGCGGCCACGUGUCUGCCCUCGGUACUGGUGACGGCCAACCCGGAUCAGGCCUCGUAUCUCCAGCGUUUGAUCGCCAACCACGACAGGGUACGUUUGGUCUGGCGUCGCUUCGCCCUCUUCAACGCCGCAGAACUCGCAGUGACCUUCGCCGGUCCGUCACAGAUAGAUGCUUCCCGGGUUGUGGCCGCCUUCCAAGUGAAGCCCUCGGGCGACGCCUCGGAACUUCAUGCGGCGGCUACCCUGAUGGCACAACUACUUGGUAGCACAUCUGCCAAAAUCGUUUGGCCACCCAACCUGCACCCUGCUGGAGCCUCCCAAUGGCCUGAACUGGUUCAUACACUGGCGGCCCGUCCUGGUGUAGCCUUCCGAGCGGCAAGGCCUGGAGAAGGGCCAUGUCCUGAACUGGUUUCGAUCCUCAAGGAUUACUUGGACUUCCAUCGAUCUGCUCGGGCCAAGCUGUUAGAGCAAGCGACGAAAAGUGGCUAUAAAGGCCCUUUGCCGAGAAUGCUGAUCUAUCGUUGCUCCGCGAUGGGUUUCUGCGGUGGACAUGGUGACCGUCUCAAUGGGCUUCUGAGCGUCUUCCUCAUGGCGGUGGCCUCUCGCAGGGCCUUCUUCAUCGAUGCGGCACGUCCUGUGCCUAUGCAUUUGCUGCUGCAUCCCCGAAGGCGUCCGGAUGCCUGUGGUGCGAUGCUGGAGAACGCCGAGUUUCUUCUCGAUUGGCGGACACACGGUGCAGUCGCCUUGGCUGGCUGCAGGACCAACUACAACGACCGCUACAAUGAUUUGGUGGCUGAAUUGCCAUGGAUUUUAGGGCAAGAAGAGGAGCAGGUUGUGGUGAUGCACAGCAAUCAGAGGGUCACCGCAGCAGUGCUGCAAAGUCCAGAGGCGCAAGCUCUGAUGGGUCCCAGGGCCAAGCAGCUCCUAGGGAGGCCAUACCUCCACGCUGCGAUGCUCGAAUUACUCUUCGAACCCUCCGAGUUGCUUGCACAGCGACACCAAGAGGUCUUAGAGGCUGCCUUGCUGGGGCGUCGGAAACUCAUUGCAGUGCACUUCCGGGCGGGCGACCAGUCGCCUCAGAGGUGGGGAUCCCCGACGACAUGGACUGGGCGACUUGGAUGCGUUCCUUGCGUGCGCACAGGGGUUGGAGCAACGACAUCGCUGGAAGGACGGCGAUGUUGCGUGGUAUUUGGCUGCAGAUACAGCAGAGGUGGGAAGCUCUUUGGUGCUUGGGCCCCAGUCACUAGGGUCAACGAGCUGAUCAAGCGCGGAAAGUUGGCGUUUUUACCCGGUGACCAAGAUGCUGCUAUUAUACAUUUGGAUCGAAGCCCUUUGCCGAUCGCAGUCAUGGGCCUCACUGAUACCUGGGCGCAGUGGCUCACCAUCGCCAGCGCCGACGCCGUGAUCUUGAGCGCCAGCAACUUUGGGGUGACUGCUGCUGAGGCGCGCGACUGUUCUCCCGGUAGCACUGGCUUCUUCAGAAAGCGGGUUGUUUUUAUGGGAUGUAUGGUGAUGAUUUAUAUGUUCUAUAUUAGGUGGUUAGAACUGCAUAAUUGCUAA